AUGGUCCAAAACAAAGCUUUCAUCUACAAGUCCAUCCCAGAUGGGUGGCCCGUCCCCGGCAAAGACCUAGCAGUCGAAGACAUCACUUUCGAUGAAGAUGGCGAACCUCCCAAGGGUGGCUUCACCACCAAGAACUUCUAUGCCGCAUACGACCCGAGCCAGCGAGGACGAAUGCGAGACCUCAGCAUCAAGUCGUACUCGCCGGCCAUGCAGCCAGGAAAACCCGUCGUCUCCGUAAGUGUGAUCGGCGAAGUCCUCAAAAGCGACACACCGAAGUUCAAACCAGGCGACACCGUGAUCCUGUGGAGCCACUACACCGAGUCAUAUUCAGCUGUCGAUGAAUCCGAGGUCGAAAGAACACAAAUCAUCCACCCCAAAACCGUCGUCCCGCUGACAGCUUAUCUGGGACCGCUAGGCAUGACCGGAAUGACGGCGUACGGGUCUCUUCACGAGAUCGGCCAGCCCAAGAAGGGCGAUAUGAUACUCGUUUCUGCCGCCGCUGGUGCUGUAGGUCAAAUGGUCGGCCAAAUCGCUGUCCGCGAGGGUCUUCAUGUCAUCGGCUCCGUCGGCGACGACAAGAAACUCGACUUCAUAACCAAAGAGCUUGGCUUCACAUCAGGCUUCAACUACAAAACCGAAAAGAUGUCUGAUGCUGUCAAACGUCUCGCGCCAGACGGAUUGGAUAUCUAUUUCGACAACGUCGGCGGCGAACUCCUUGACGUAGCCCUCGCCAACAUGAAAGAUUUCGGCAAGAUCAUAGCCUGCGGCGCGAUCAGCACAUACAACAACGGGAGCAACACCACGCCCUACGGCAUCAAGAACUACGGGUCCGUAGUGCGAAAGCGUCUUCGGUAUCAGGGGUUCAUCGUGUUGGACCCCAACAUCAGGCAAUGGCAGGAGGAGCGUGAUGCCAAUGUCUCAAAGUGGAUCGCCGAUGGCUCGCUAAAGUCCAUAGACCAUAUUACUGACGGCAUGGACAAUGCGAUCGAUGGAUUUUUGGGUAUGCUGAAGGGUGAGAAUCUAGGGAAAAGCAUUCUGAAGAUAGCGGAUCCGUGA